CGACACCGUCCCUUACUCUUAAGUGAAUUUGGUAUGCGCAUAUGCCCUCGUCUCCAACCAUUUCCAUCCUCUCCGUCUCGAAUUCGUGGAGUUUCCGAUCUCAGUCCCCAGACGACCAUCGACGAGCUCUGAGCUAUGGCUUCCUCCUGGGCGUCGAAGGCGGCUCGUCAAGCCGCAAUCGUUUCUCGGCUCUCCUCUCCGACUUCAUCAGCUCAAGCCGUGACCCUUGUCCAGCGCCGCGGCCUUGCUGGCGCCGCUGAUCACCAUGGACCUCCAAGGGUUAAUUUCUGGCAAGAUCCAAUGAGUCCAUCUAAAUGGAAGGAAGAGCAUUUUGUGAUUGUCUCUUUAUCUGGCUGGGGUUUGCUUUUCUUUGGGGGAUAUAAGUUGUUCUCCGGGGGCAAGAAAGACGAGGAAGAGAAAUUGGUGGAAGCAUCACAUUAGUAUUGGGAUUUUAAAGUCACUGUCACAGAAGCUUUCUCUCAAUAAUGUGUUUGCUUGGUUUUCCAAUCUCCUUUGAUCAGACAUCUUCGUUUGAAGAUAGUUUUUUCUUUUUGGCCAAUUUAUGUCAAUGACUUCUGGAUAUGAUGGGUAUGGAUUUUCGGACAUCAGUUACAUUGCUGUGGCUUGUGAGUAAAAACAGCUCUUUUCUACUUUCUAUAGAGCAUAUUGAUAAUCUGAUGUGUACCUUACAUUACAUGUUUUAAUAAUGAGCUGCCCUCGAAUUUCCUAACUGUACUCCACAGAAUAUUGAAAGGCAGUUAAUGUUGUUUUCUGGAGUAUUAGCUUAA